AUGCGUCCCCGCAGCCUGGCGGGGCUGUGGCUCUGGCUGGCUUGGGGGAUACAACUCAAGGAUGCACCUGUGGCGUGCGUGGGUCAACCAGCAGCUGGGAGCCCAAAUCUCCUUCCCACUUUGCACUCGGAGUUGCUGGACUUAACAGGCAACAGUGAAUAUAAUAUUGUGACAGCAUAUGAAGUAGACCAAAAUGGGGAUUAUGUAAGUCAUGCAGUUGCCCACCAUGAAAGGAGGAAGAGAUCAGCUUCAGAAGGAGCAAUUGACUCAUCGCUACACCUCCGUUUCCAUGGAUUUGGCCAUGACUUCCAACUUGACCUUACGACUUCUGAGUUUCUGGUGGCACCUGGAUUUACAAUACAGACAUUGGGCAAGGGGCGAACCAAGUCAAUACACACAUACCCAGCAGAAGACUUUUGCUUUUAUCAAGGAGUCUUGCGAUUGCACAGAAACUCAUCUGUCGCACUUUCAACAUGUGGAGGCUUGUCUGGCUUGAUAAGGACAGAGGAAACUGAUUACUUGCUGAAACCACUACCUCCAAAUAUUGCACUUAAACAUAACUUCUCUGCUCCUCGGGGCCACCGCCCCCACGUACUGUAUAAGAGAUCUACUGAGCCUCCGCUGGCAACCGAUAAUGAGGUAACUGUGAAUGAUGAGAGGCAAAGGGAAGUGGCUGCGCCCAGUCAUGUCUUUCAAGAAUCCCAGCAUCGUCGCAAUGGCAAACAGCAGCGAAAACGGCACUUUUGUGGGAGGCGCAAGAAAUAUAUGCCCCAGCCUCCAGGCGCCGAUACCUACAUCUUACCAGAUGAAUAUAAAUAUUCGCUGCGAAACAAGCGAUCUCUUCUGAAGGCCCACAAGAACAAAGAGCUGAAUGUUGAGACUUUAGUGGUGGUUGACAAAAAGAUGAUGCAAAACCAUGGCCACGACAAUAUUACUACUUAUGUCCUGACUAUACUCAAUAUGGUUUCUGCUCUGUUCAGAGAUGGUACAAUCGGAGGCAAUAUUAACAUUGCAGUUGUUGGCUUGAUACUUCUGGAAGAAGAACAGCCAGGACUCGUGAUCAAUCACCAUGCUGACCAUACCCUGAGUAGUUUUUGUCAAUGGCAAUCUGGGCUGAUGGGAAAGGACGGAAGCCACCAUGACCAUGCAAUUUUACUUACCGGCGUUGAUAUCUGUUCCUGGAAAAAUGAGCCAUGUGAUACCUUGGGAUUUGCUCCAAUAAGUGGAAUGUGCAGUAAAUAUCGUAGCUGCACAGUUAAUGAAGAUACUGGGCUUGGAUUGGCUUUUACAAUUGCGCAUGAGUCUGGACAUAACUUUGGCAUGGUCCAUGACGGAGAGGGAAAUAUUUGCAAAAAGUCCGAAGGUAACAUCAUGUCGCCCACACUGGCGGGACACAAUGGGGUCUUCUCCUGGUCCACUUGUAGUCGUCAGUAUCUCUACAAAUUCCUGAGCUCAGCUCAGUCCUUGUGUCUUGCUGACCAGCCUAAGCCUGUGCAUGAAUACAAAUAUCCAGAGAAGCUUCCCGGAGAGCUGUAUGAUGCAGCCACUCAGUGCAAGUGGCAGUUUGGAGAGAAAGCCAAGCUGUGCAUGAUGGACUUUAAAAAGGAUAUUUGCAAAGCCCUGUGGUGUCAUCGGGUUGGCAGAAAAUGUGAAACCAAAUUUAUGCCAGCUGCAGAAGGUACAAUGUGUGGUUAUGACAUGUGGUGUCGUGGUGGCCAAUGUGUGAAGUAUGGUGAUGAAGGGCCCAAGCCAACCCAUGGGCAUUGGUCAGAGUGGUCCAGGUGGUCAGCAUGUUCCAGAACCUGUGGAGGUGGCAUAUCUCAUCGAGAACGAAACUGUACUAAUCCAAGACCAUCACAUGGAGGAAAGUUCUGUGAAGGUUCCCCUCGGAUGUUGAGACUUUGCAACAGUGAGAAGUGCCCAAAAAACAGCAUUGGUUUCAGAGCUGCCCAGUGUGCAGAAUUCAACAGCAAGCGGUUCAGAGGAUGGAGCUACAAAUGGAAACCCUAUACUCAAGUGGAUGAUCAAGACUUGUGCAAGCUAUACUGCAUUGCAGAAGGCUUUGAUUUCUUCUUUUCUCUGUCAAACAAAGUAAAAGAUGGGACGCCUUGUUCGGAGGAUAACCCUAAUGUUUGUAUAGAUGGGAUUUGUGAGAUGGUUGGCUGUGAUCAAGUCUUAGGCUCCAGUGCUGUGGAAGAUGCUUGUGGAGUGUGCAAAGGAGAUAAUUCAAGCUGUAGGAUCUAUAAGGGGCAAUACACAAAAUAUCACCCUACAAAUCAGUACUACACCCUAGUCACCAUCCCUGCUGGAGCACGAAGCAUUCGAGUGCAUGAAAUGAACGUCUCCAACUCCUAUAUUGCUGUUCGUGGUUCCAACAAUAAAAAAUACCACCUCAAUGGCUACUGGACCAUUGACUGGCCAGGGAGAUACAGGUUUGCUGGAACUGUGUUUGAAUAUCGAAGGCCACAUAAUCAGCCAGAGACACUAAGUGCUCCUGGACCUACAAAUGAAAGUGUGGUGAUAGAGCUUCUCUCUCAAGGUAAAAACCUAGGAAUUCUCUGGGAAUAUUCUCUUCCUAAGGCAGAAAGUGAAAGAACGCCAGCACUGAAACAUAACUAUACAUGGGCUGUCAUCCAUUCCAAAUGCUCGGUCUCGUGUGGAGGAGGUCAAAUGGUCACAAAAGGAAACUGCUACAAAGACCUGCAAAUGGAAGUGGAUACUACUUUUUGCAACCCUAAGAGUAAACCAGCUACUGGAAUUUUUCCUUGCAAAAUGCCGGCUUGCCCUCCCAGCUGGUCUGUUGGUAACUGGAGCGAAUGCAGCUCAACUUGUGGGGCAGGGGAGAGGUACCGCUAUGUUCACUGCAUGCAGAGAAUUCAGUACAAGCCAGAAUGGGUAUCAGACUCUCUCUGUCGAUUCCCUGCCCCAGUCACCAGAGAACUGUGCAACAUCCAAAGCUGUCCACCUACUUGGAGUGCUGGGACAUGGUCUGAGUGCUCUCGGACAUGUGGGAAAGGCUGGAGAAAAAGAGUGGUCGUAUGCAAAAGUUCCAGUCCUUCUCCGUGGGCUCAAAUUCUGCCUGAUACGGCCUGUGCAGCAGAACUGAAACCCAAGAUGCAAGAAACCUGCCUCCUGAAGCGAUGUCAUAAACAUAAGAAGCUACAGUGGUUUGUGUCCACAUGGGCUGAGUGCUCUGUGACAUGUGGAAAGGGAGUACAGAGGCGAACGCUCAACUGUGCAGAAAAAUACAUUUCUGGAAAGUAUAGAGAACUUACUCCGAAGAAGUGUUCCCAUCUACAGAAACCAAAUGUAGAGAUGGAAAAGGCCUGUAUCUUCAACCCAUGUCCCAGGCACCCUGUGUAUUCACCAGUAAAUCAGGGCAGCUGGUUUUCCUCUUCUUGGUCGCAGUGCACAGCAACGUGUGGAGGUGGCAUGCAAGUGAGGUCAGUUCAGUGCCUAGCAAAUGGGAGGUCUGCCACUGGGUGCCUCUUGCAUCAGAAGCCCACAGCCUCACAAGCCUGUAACACCAACUUCUGCCCUCUUCCUGGAAAGAAAGAUGCCUUCUGUUCGGAUUACUUUAAUUGGUGCCACUUGGUCCCCCAACAUGGUGUUUGUAAUCAUAGUUUCUAUGGGAAACAAUGCUGCAGGUCUUGUAUCAAUUCAAAUUUGUGAGAAUUGUUUGUAAAACAUACAGCAUAGUUCUGGAUGCAAAGUGAGCCACACUUCCUGACUCGGGGCUGUGCCCAGUGAACACCAGAGUGACUGCAAUUUACUCGAAAGCAUACUUCUUCAUUAAUCUGUGAACCCAGAUACAAAAGUGUCGUCAAGGACUACUUGGAUGGGUGAGGUGUCUCAAUUUUCCCCCAGUAUUUUGCUGUGACCCUCGCUGAAGUUUUCAGGUGGGUCUCCUGUCCUUAAGAUAAGUGGAGAGGAGGGGCAAACAGGGGGACAGUUUUCUCCAAGUUUGAUUAUCACAAGGAGAGAGUUGAUCCUUGGGACAUUGGCAUCUUCUGCUGAGAAGAUGUUGAAGAGCUGCCUGGAAGAUGAAGAUCUGAAACCAGCAACGGAAAUAUUCGUUGAGCCUGAGAGAGGACCUUGUUUCUUUUUACCUCAGUCACCACUGCUAAAUAAGGGCUUUGAGCACCGUCCACCAGGAAGAUGUCUUGUAUGAGCCCCAUUGAAAUUAGUGGGAACUGUGCAAGGGCACUACUGCACUGGAGCGUUUCCAUGAGGGUUCUAGCUGGAGAUCUCCCCAGUCGAUUGUGCCUGAAAUGUCUUGUUACAUUGCACUGAUGUUCCUGACCAGUUCCUGGCUGUUUCAAUGGGGCCUUGUGAAAGGGAAUUCCUGGAUGAAUUGUGCUGUUCUCCUGCAGCUGCAAGCCAGGUGCACUAGCGACAGAAUUUGUGAAACCCCAUGGAAAUGAAUACUGUAACUGAAGAUAACAAUUGAAAUAUACUUGAGGCACUUUUUGCCAAUAAAUAAACCUGAACUGCUUUAGUUGGAUCUUAGCUUUUAAUGAAUAUGGGGGGGGGGGGGGAGGGUGACAGAAGCCUCAGGUUGCCCUUUCUCUUUUUCAACAUUUGUCAGAUAAUAAGAUCCUUUAUAUUUGUUGUUUUCAAAUCAGCGAUCUUAUUUAAAUGUCCUUGUUUUAUGCUUUACUGUUAAGUAUAAAGAGUGUUCUGCCAUCAGUGUUACUUAAACAGCUGAUUAUACCAAAAUUAUGUUGUUUGCAUUUAAACAUAAGGUACUACCAUGUUAGAUUCCAGCAUCGCAGUAGCAUAAUUAACCUAUGAUUCCCCCCUGCCCGCCCC